AUGCUGAACGAUGUGGAGGUCCGGUGCAGACCUAUGCAAACCGGUGUCCGGUUGGAUGAGUGGAGGGAUUUGAUUGACAAUUUAAAAACCACUCAGAUUAUCCUGGACAACUUAUCCAAUAUCCGCUUUCUAGAGUUACUGACAUUUAUUCACAUUUUAGAAGACAAUGAAUCGUUUGUGGCAUUUGUUAACCAAACCAAUGGGUACUCGACUGAUAACACUAACAGUUCCUGUCGUAGGAAUCUAUCACUGGUUUCAAUGCAAACCACGAAAACAAUAAGUGCUCAUUUGGUGGACAGGGAGAAGACAAUCCACGAAAUACAUGACAUGAUAAUCAAAUCUAUGGUUGAUUUAGCCAUAUAUCAAAUGGACUCCACGGGUCGUACCGAUGAACUCGACAGAAGCGGAACGGGAUUUAUAGUAAAUAAAAGCGGACUAAUUGUGACCAACUGUCACGUGACAGAGGAGUCGCCUCUUGUCUUAUGUAAACUCUAUGCUAAAGACCUAAACGAUGGCUCAAUAGAUUGCGUAAACAAUCUGUGGGGACGAGUAGUCUAUGUAGAGGCCGAACACGACUUAGCGCUCAUACAACUCAAACCCGACCCAAAGAUGCCUACCCAACCUCUAGAUCUACCGGCCCUUGAGCUCAACGACACCAGUAGUCUGUCAAUUGGUGAGCGUAUACUAACCAUAGGGUGUCCCGAUCUGUUUAGUCCCACUCUAUGUGAGGGUAUUGUCGUAUAUCCGGACCGGACGGGCACCGACUUCUCAUACGGAGACUAUUUGUACUAUGAAUUUCAUGGCAACCCCAACAACACCUACAUCUUAAAUACACGUAAGAUUAGUCAGGGAUAUUCCGGUUCGCCAGUGGUUAAUAUGUGGGGUAAAGUGAUUGCUUUUCUAAGAAAUGCCGAUAAUUUUGGUGAACAGUACAGUAAUGAGCAAUACUUGUAUAACAAUAAGAGCGCACUGGGAGUUAGUGUCCAUAACUUUGAUGAGCGCAUUAAACCCAUGUUUAGACCCGAAGUCAACGGAGUUGUGGUCUUAUCUGUUGCCGAUCUGAAGAGAGAAAUCGAUGGCAAACAACAAAUACCGAUAACUGUUGUGAGGAAUGCCGAUGAAAAUGUAUGGGCACACGGGAGACUCGUAGACCCGCCAUCGAGAUCCAGCGCCUGGAGGUUUGGCUACAAAACCAAAAUCAAUUACAACGAUAACGAACUAUUUUGCGGCGGUUUUACAAGGCAAUGGAAACGGAACGGCGGAAAGUGUGGUAUAUGUGGCGACCCAUACGAUGGCAAACGUGAUAAUGAGACACCAAACGGGAAAUACGCAAAAACCUUGGCCAUCACCAGGACCUACAUAAGCGGCCAAACCAUUGCAGCCAAAGUGCAGUUAACGGCCAAUCAUAAUGGAUUCUUUGUGUUCAAAGUGUGUCCAGCGGUUAAUGACAGUCAAGAAGUGACUCAAAAAUGUUUGGAUAAGUUUGCUCUCAAAUUGUUGGACUCGCGGAACAGUUCAGACAAGUAUACCGUUCCCUCGCCUAAGGCCGAAACCUUUACGAUUGACCUCAAACUGCCCGAUGGGUUGGCGUGCGAUCGGUGUGUGUUUCAGUGGACAUACACUUCGGCCAAUAAUUGGGGGAAAUGUGACAAUGGGUUGAGUGCUGUGGGAUGUGGUCCUCAGGAGACGUUCAGAGGUUGCGCUGAUGUCCGCAUUUUAGCUCAUAAUAGCACUCGUAAUGAGACAGAGAUGACAACAACUCCUCAUUAUGUGGUCCCGGAUAGUGAUCCUAACGACGAGACCCUGAAUACGAUUGAGUCCAGACGGGUGCUGACCACUACUGACUCCUCCUAUACUCCUAUCAAAUAUAAUGAUAAUUCAAAGCGAGUGCUGACAGCCGCCCACCCCUUCUAUACUCCCGUUGAAUAUAAUGAUAUCAAAAGGGAAAGUGGCUGUAAAUCGACGGGCAUUUGGAGGGCAGUGCCAAAUAUGGAUGAUUGGUGUCAGACUAACUGUGCCCUCAACUAUUGUCCUCCAUCUCAUUGUACAUGUAACGCGGUCAUAUAA